CUUUGAUGAUCUCCCGCCGCCGCGUGCCAAAAACAGCCUACACGGCGCAAGUGCCGUGGCGGCAGACGCGGCACUCUCGGCCCCCUCGCCCUCCUCGGACGCGCGUGCGGGACGCGAGCGGGCGCCUCGCGCGGCUCCGAGAGAAAGAGCGCGGCUGCGGGCGCAGGAGAGGUGCUCUCGCCGCGGCCGCCGGCGUGCGUUUCUUGGCCGCCUCUCAGCGAUCUCGCCGCCCUCUGGCGCGCCAAGCAUCAGCCUAGGCAGCGAUGCCAGCGAGGCCAGCGACCGCAACGCUGCGCGGCUCCUGGCGAAUGCCACCGGCGCACAAAGCGCUCUUGGCUCUGCACGGCUGCUCCAGAAGCAGGCUGCGUGCUGGUGCUGCGGCCUGCACCGCUGCGGCCGCCUGCACGUCGGGCAGCGGCCAUCGCUCGUGCUGCGCGGCUGUCGGCCGUCACCCGCGUGCGUGCGCGUGCGUGCGUGCGUGCGUGCGUGCGGAGCACGUUUUUCCGCCCCCGCUCUCCUCCAACACCGCCUCCUCUGGAGCAUGUCUGGCGGGCGGUGCGGUGCUCGGCCUCCUCAUUCCUUCCGCACCCGCGGCAGCACGCAGCACGCAGCCUAGCAACCCUCCUCCGCCCGUCGCCCGCGCCUCUCAGCUCGAUAGUGGCACCCUUGUGCUUGAUGACCUCUCGUCGUCAGCGCUCUUACGUGCGCGGCGGACUACGCGGCGGCCGCCGCCGGUGCAAGCGGCGACCUUCGCACGCAAAUGGCGACAAGAGGCACUUCCGUGCUGCACUAAGGGGCGACGGCACGACCUCGGCAGGGGGUGCUCUUUGCUCGCGAGAGAGUGCACACUCGACUUACAUCUCGGCGCUGCCACGGCAACCUAGACAGCGCCAGCUAGUGUGCUGAGGGCUCUCGUACCUUUGGCGUGGCGCUCCGUCUCCCG